GUAAUUAUCAUGUUGGUGCAAAGCCCCUCUGUUAGUGUAGAAGGAAAGGUGGGAGGAGUUGACUCCCAUCCGCCGGAGCUUGACCAGAACCAAACAAGCGACAGAGAGACGUUUGACCACACAGGUGUUCCUAGCUACGGUGGAAGAUGUUGACGUUGGUCCUGUUCUGGAGCAGCCUUGGACCUGCAGGCACAGCCGCCACGGUGCUGCAGAACGCGCCCUGCUUUGUGGACGACUUGGCUGUGGCGCUGCACGAUGCCACGGGGGAAGAUGGUCAACUCGUGAACAGCAGCACGGCUUUGUUUGGACUCUGCACGGAGUCUGAUAAUUCAUCCCAGUCCGCCCUGACAGAGCUCAGUGCAGGAAUCCGGAGGAACAACAGAGCAGGCGUGGAGGUUUUGCAUCCUACUGCAGUGCUCGUAUCAGAAAAAGAUGAUCAGGAGGCUGUCAUGGUAACCUUUGACCUCCCUCAGUCCCCAUUAUUCAAGCUAAAACCAGUGCUGGUCUUGGCGUUCGAAAAGGCCCUCACAGAUGAAGAGCUGGACGUCACUUUCUCCAGUCUGUCUCUUCAGCCAAACACACAGUCUGCCUGCGCUUCAGAGGGAACGCUGUACAUACUGCUGACAGGAAAACCAUCAGAAGGAAACGCUGAUCAGAGAUGGGAGAUUUCUGUCCAGGCAAAAUCCCCAAACACGAAGCAAAACCUGAAAGACGUCCUCAUUGGUGGGAAAUCAGGAAGCGACGUCCGCAUGACUCCACUUCUGCUUUUCUCUGUAGAAACAGGAACCAAUGGCAGGUCAGGUUCAUCAGUGGCCUCCUUGCAGACGCCCUCCCGCUCCUUCCUCUGUGAGCUGAGGCGAUUCCUGGACGCCGUCCUGCCGCAGCACCGCAGUGACACCCCUCCUUUGCGACUCGACUCCCUGCAGUCCCUCCCUCCCCUGGCUCUUGACCCGUCCACCAGCGAGACCCUGCUGGCGGGAAGCAUCAACUCCUCGGCCCCCACCGUCUUUUCCUUCCCCGGCUGGAGCUCCAGCUUCCCGGCGCGUCCCGGACAGCUGGCCCUCUCCCCGGCUCUGCUGGAGGAGAUGGGGCAGAGGCUGGAGAAGAACGAGCAGCAGAUCAGGGAGCUGAUAAGGCAGGAAGCGGUGCCCCGAAGCGCCUCAGAGAAGCUGGGGAGGCUCAGAGAGCUCAGCGGUUUUCAGGGGCAGGGCCCGGCUGCAGAAGGCGAGAGCCAGUACAACGGCUUCCUGCUCCUGAAGGCCCUGCAGACGGUCACCCGUACGUACAACAUACAGAGAAGGCUGAGGGCCACCAGGUCUGGCCCCUCAACCAGCGAACCCAUCUGCGGGCUGGGGAGCCUCACCGUCCUGUUCGAGAGUUUCUUCCUGGUCCCCAAGGAGGGCGACAUCGGCAACUGCCGCGGCUCGUGCGCCUUCCCCUUGACCAACGGCAACAACCACGCCGUCCUGGUCAACUCCUACAUAGAGGCGGGCAACGUGAACGAGCGGGCGCCCUGCUGCGUGCCCGUGGCCUACGACCCCAUGGAGGUGAUAGACUGCGACGAAAAGAGCACCUUCCUCACCGUCAAGCCGGACAUGGUGGCCAAGGAGUGCGGCUGCCGCUGAACGAGUUUCAGAGCGGCUGAGCUCCGUUCUCCAGAGGAGGGGAGAGGGUUAACUUCUUCUAGAUUAACAGUGAAUGCACAUUGUUUCAGUAGAUUUCUAUAGAUUUUACUUUCACAUAACCUGAUGCAUGUUAGAUUAGUUAUUUUUGUCUCAAUCGAAAGCAUCGGUGAUAAAUACUUAUUCUCCAUGUCACAUUUCCUGCACUCACAAUAUAAUAAAAUAGACACAAGCAAAGCCAGUCUACUUUUGUUGUGAUUUAUUCAGGAAUCCGAUGAAAGAAAUCUUCUAA